AUGGAGCCAAACAAGAAUAGGUUCGUGGAGGAGUGGGGCGCAGCCAGAGAAAAUCUGGAGCACAACUUCCGCUGGACUCGCCUCAACUUUGCCAUCAUCGGAAUCUUUGGCAUCGCUAUCAUCGUCUUAGUCUACAAGGGCAUCGUCCGAGAAUUCCAUAUGCAAGAUGAGGAAGCAAGCAGACCAUACAGGAAGUUUCUGUGA